AUGUCUCAGUUGAUCCCCAGUGUGAACAUCUCAGGUGUUUUUCCCAAAGAAAUCAUCCAAUUUGUCAUUUCUACCCUUCGAAGUUUCCGGCGGUUAAUGAGUGUGCUCCCGCCAUUUUUGACUCUUUCUACUGCCCAGAAAAGGGCCCGUUUCUCCGAGAUCUCGGACCUCUGUGAAGACCAUCUCUCAGAAGCGUUUAACCACGUCCCAAACUCUCCCUGGAGUAUCGAUGCCGCCGUUUCCAGUAAGUCUCGCUCCCGCAACCGAUAUCUGAACGUUUUUCCAUGGGACCGUACAAGAGUGGUGCUUCCAACCUCGGGAGUAGGAGCGUGUGACUAUAUCAAUGCUUCUUUGAUCAAACUAUCGCCCGAAGCACAAUACAUCGCCACUCAAGGUCCUCUCACGGGCACAAUUCACCAUUUCUGGGCCAUGUGCUUUGAUGAGGCGCUCAAGCUGGACGCAGAGACAAUCGUUAUUGCCAUGGUUACGCCACUAGUUGAAAUGGGAAGAGAGAAAUGUGCAAAGUAUUGGCCAUCGCAGAACCAUCUGGAUUGGGACUUGUCUGAGGCGUUACAGCGAGAUAGAAUUUCACCUGGUGACUUGACGGUCACGUGGCUUGGUGAAGAACUCCAUGAAGACAAGUUUGCGGUGACAAGCUUGCUAUUGCGGAGUGGGGAUGUCUCCAAGAAGGUGUUGCACUUCUAUUACGAGGGAUGGCAGGAUACGAAAGUGCCUGACGCCGUAGAACCGCUUAUUUCGCUUUCAGAAGAGAUUCUGGCGGUGCGUGCUGAACACCCUAGUGUUGUUCCCAUUGUUCAUUGCUCUGCUGGUGUGGGAAGAACUGGCACAUUUAUAGCCAUUGACUACUUGCGCAACUUCUCCGAUCCGUUUGACAGGACAUCUGCGGAUCCAGUUCUUGAUCUAGUCAAACAAAUGCGGAGUGACCGUAUGAUGAUGGUGCAAACACCACAUCAGUAUGCGUUCUUAUAUGAGUUGUUGGAACGGAUGUUCAGAGAACGAGUUUGA